CCAAAACGAACAAUUAUUAUUAUUAUUAUCAUAUUUUAAUUAUGAAAUAAGAGACUAUCUCUAUUUAAUUAGAGAGACAAUGAUAGAGAUAGAGAUAAAAGUGGAACAAAGAAGAGUAAAGGAGGAAGAGAGAGAAUUAUAGAGAGAAAGGAUACGACAGUGAAAGUGGAUCAAUACGCCGUUAACGUUUCGCCAUACAACGUGCAACUAGACUUCUCCUCAAAACUUACUUUUUUUGUCAAAAAAUAAGAGAGUUAAUAGAAGAUAAAAUAUAUCUACAGUGUUUUUAACAUACAUUUUUUUAACUUAAGAAUUAUUUACCAUUUUGACAUUAUAUAUAGUUUCUGUUCCAUUUCUUGUUCAAUGUUUUUCCCAAAGUGCAUGCAAGAUUUGAGUUCAUUUGUAAAAUUGUUGUUAUCAGUUGAAACAAUCUGUCAGUGCAUAUUGAAAUGUUCAUACUACUAUUGUUGUGAGUAGUGUUUAAUGCAGAGACCUGUAAGUGACAGAUUUAUUAGUGUGAUGGGUUGAUAAAAAUGCUUCUUCUGAGAUAGAACAUAUAACUAACAAUGAUUUAAAAAUAAAACAUAAACAUAUAAGAUUGAAAGAAUUGAAGAUGUAUAGUGUUUUAUAGUGAUUUUGCAUUAUAAAUUUAAACAGUCAUGUAUUUUUCUUAUUUUAUACACAAAGUCAAUUGUAAGCCAGAUUUGCGAUGCUUCCGAUUUAUCCGGUGGACAAUUGUUGUGCCUUUCGUUAUCUAUUUAUCUCUACUCUUUUUCAAGUACAAUAGAAACAUGCCCUUAAAGAGCUUAACGUCCACCACGUCUAUACAAGAUGAUAAAGAAUCUAUGACUGAGAAUCUUUUCAUAGAAUUGGAGGCAAUGACGAUCGACAAAAGAGAUUUGGAACAUUACAAGGAAAUAGAUCAGAAUAUAAAGAAUAUGAAAAAGAAUCAAGAAAAUUCGAGAAUAUUACUCAAAGACAUAUUUCAAAGAGCUGAUACUGAUCAUGAUCAAUUGUUGGAUAUUCAAGAAUUGGCCAGAUGGAUUCAUACAAAGAUCACGGAUCAUAUAACCCGAGCUAUGAAAGAGAAUAUCGGCUUAUUCACUGCGAUAGAUAAUAAUCCUCGAAAUGGCGAGGUCUCGUGGGAAGAGUAUCACGCGUACUUUCUCAGAUCUCACGGAUUUCCUGAGAGCUAUGUGAGCUCGCACGAUAAGAAGCAUAGCGACAUGUCACGAACUUUGAAAGAGAAUAUAAUGAGAGACAGAGCCAGAUGGUCGGAAGCAGCCAGAAAUGAUCCGGAAAGAUUGGCACUCGACGAGUUUUUGGCUUUUACUCAUCCUGAAAGCAGUCAUAGAGCAUUAUUACAAAUGGUUGAAGAUCUAUUUGAAAAAUUCGAUCGCGAUGGAGAUGAACAAUUGACAGAAAAUGAAUUUUCAGAUUUACCUGCAGAAGGAAUGGGUUUAGAAUUGAAAGAAGACAAACACGAGGUGAUAGGAGGAAGUGAAGACAGGCGAAAGGAGUUCAGACACCUUAUAGACAAGAAUAAAAAUGGAAAAGCCGAUAGGACAGAGCUUCUGAUGUAUAUAGAUCCAAGAAAUCCAAGGCAUGCUAUACAAGAGGCCCAACAUUUAAUCAGCGUGUCAGAUACCAAUCUAGAUGGAAAAUUAAAUUUAUCCGAAAUUCUGAGCAAAAUGGAUCUGUUCCUAGGUAGCAAGAUGGUAGACACAGAAAGAAGUUUCCAUGAUGAGUUUUAAAUAAUCAAAAUUAAAAGGAAAUUAAAUUUGAAUAAUCUUCAAGACAAAAAAAUGAGGAUGCUUACUUAAUAUUUUAGGAGAAAUACCUAUUUUUCACGAAAAUUGAGCGCCAUUUUUGGUGGAAUAAUCUAAUCUUUUAAAUUAACAAAGUUUUUUUUGCAACAAAUAAAAGCGCUCAAUUUUGGUUUCACAGAAUUUUUUUUAAGAAAAUUUUUAUUAUUACUGAAGCAGACAAUAUUUAUAACAAUAAAGAUGAGAAUCUUUAUUAAAGAUCACUAUAGAAUUUUGGAAUAAGAGAAAAGUUUGGAAAAUAUUUUACACAU